GCCGCAUCCCACUCGCUUGCUCAGCCUCGACCUCCACUCCGACACCCGGUCGCUAACCUCACCUCACCUCACCGCACUCCGACUCCUGCUGCCUGCUACCUGACAAGAUGCUGCAGAACGACUACGGCUACUCGCACUACCAGGGCGCUGCUCAGCACCACCAACACAGUGGGGAGCGUCCCAAGCUCUUCGGAGCGUCGCUCGACAAUGGCGGCUCGGCCAAUGGCUAUCACGGCCCGGGCAUGCAUGACUUCCACCAGCUCGUGCAUCCAAACAACAUGACUCCACAGCACCACAUGCAGCAGACUCCGCAGCACCACGCGCAGACCCCGCAGCACCAGCAGGGCGAGUUUGACCACGAGCCCAUCAUGAUGAACAUGCAGCACCCCGGCCAGUACUACGCACCUCCGCCCAUGACGGCACAGAUGCUACACGUAUCCACGGACUACAAUUCCGGAGGUUCAGCGGGAGGUGCCACGCCGUCGAACUCGCACGCGGGCUCCAAGCGCUCGCGUGAAGAUCUUAACAUGAAGGAGAAGAAACGCAUGUUCAAACUCAACGACCGCAUUAACCAGCUCAAGACUCUGCUGGACGAAGCAGGUGUUCAGUCCAAGAAGAAUAAGCAGUCGAUCCUGGACAACACGUACCACUACGUGGGCAUGCUGCGCAGUAACCUCUUGAUCGCCAAGCAAAAGGCCGAGCGUGCUGAGAAGCAGGCCGAGAGCUUCCGCUCGCAGGCUCAGAGUGGCGGCCCUAUGGAUGCUGUAUUCAAGCGCUGCUUUGACCAGUCCUCGACUCCGCGUGUCGUGGUGGACCUAAACAUGCAGCUCAUGGCCGUCAACUCGGCCUUUCUGUCACAGACCGGUCAGACCGAGGACAGCCUUAUGGACAUCAACGCUCUGCGCUCCAGCCUCUGCCUCGACAACGGAAAGCUUGACGCCAUCGUGCAGUCCGUCAGCAGCGGAAUGAAGCCGAUUAGCGCCAUUGUUCAGGCACAUGGUGCGGGCAACAACAUCGCGACACUCACACUCAUGGCGUCAGUGCUGACGGAUGACGGAAACUCGGUUACUGCCAUUGAGUUUAGCCUCGUGCCCUUCGAGAUCUCGUCUGAUUUCUCGACGCCCAAUGCAAACAGCUACUUGAACGAUGUCAAGCAAGACAUGCCCAAGGAGGCCAGCCCUUCAGGUGUUAGUGACCUCGCCGUGUAAUACGGUGGUGGCGGGUGCAAAACACAAAGGACCAAGUUGCCCCACCGCAUGUGUGAUAUAUUUCUAAGCAGAGUCCACGGCAUCCACUGCAGCGGCUUAGGCGAGGAGUUGGCCUCGGUAGAUAAAGUGUAACAUAUAACCUAUUGUCGAUCACA